CGUAAACUGCAGAGUGCGGAGUUGUAGUCGGGAUGGUAAUCUGCCACACUGGAUUUGAAAGCGCGCAGGACCAGAGGACAGGUUUUACGCACGACUCCCGGCCGCGAUCAAAAGCGUUUGGCGUAGCAGAGAAGGAAACCUGUUCUCAUGGUGGGUGCUUCAUCUCUCUGUCGAGGAGACCGCGGUGAAGUGCUGGCUUUUUGAAUGUCACCUCCAGUAACCAUGGAUUACGGUCGGACCAUGGCCCCUCCGGUGCCGCCGCAUAAACCCAAAGCUGCCCGGCCGGGGCAGGCGCAGGAGCGGCUAUUGAAGUGCGUCCUGCUCGGCGACGGAGCGGUGGGCAAAACCAGUCUGGUGGUCAGCUACACAACGAAUGGCUAUCCAACUAAAUACGUCCCUACUGCAUUUGAUGACUUCUCGGCUGUGGUUCAGGUGGAUGGAAGCCCGGUCAGACUGCAGUUGUGUGACACGGCAGGACAGGAUGAGUUUGACAAACUCCGCCACUUCUGCUAUAGUCGGACCGACGCCUUGCUGCUCUGCUUCAGUGUGGUCAGCCCGGCCUCCUUCCAAAACGUCUGGGAGAAGUGGGUACCCGAGAUCCGCCGCCGCUGCCCCCUGACGCCCAUCCUCCUCGUGGGCACCCAGUGCGACCUGCGGCAGGACGUCAAAGUGCUGAUCGAGCUGGCGAGGCGGAGGGAGAGGCCGGUGCUGGAGGAAGACGCCAGAGCGCUGGCGGAGAAAAUUGGGGCAGUGACGUACGUCGAGUGCUCGGCGCUGACGCAAAAGAAUCUGAAGGAGGUGUUUGACGCAGCCAUCUCCGUGGGGCUACGGCACUCUGACAGGAGGGCACGGCGGGAGAGGAAGGUCCGCAGCACGGCUGAUAAGAUGAAGAUGCUGUCAAAGUCGUGGUGGAAGAAGUACGUGUGCGUCCAGUAAGCGAGCAAGGAUGUUAUCUCUCUUUGACUGAUGUGAAACUGGAACUGCUGAUUUAUUUGGAGGGACGGAGUUGGAUGUAAGGACUUGUUUUUACGUUCACGCGGAUGACCCCAGGCGAGCUGACCUGAAUGACUUUACUUCAGUGGAGCAACAGUUCAACAGAAGCAGAGUGUGCCUGCCUGAGCUGUGUGGUGUUUGUGGGUUUGGGAUGGUUUCACUUUGACCAGAAAAGACCCUUUGUUGACGCCUAAGAGACAGAGAGCACAAGGCUGUAACCACUGUCUGCUUCUCAGAGCCAAUCUCUUGAAUAUGACUGUGACCAGCAUGCAACCAAAAAUUAUGGAGCAAAUAAAACGAUUAUGGCACAUGGACUGCAUAUCAUAAAGGAAAUGUGAGCUGACACGGAGGGUGAAGAGUUGAGAGGGUGAUGUUAAGUACUAAAAGUAUACUUCUCCUUUUUUUUUUUUUGUCAAAUUUGGUUCCCGUCUUUAGCAAAGCAUUCUAUUUUUAUGUGUUAUACACUGUAAUCCAGACCCCACGAUUUGCAAUAGAUCUAGCUUUAAUUUUUACUGAUUUCAAAACAUGAAGUUAAUAUGCAAACUGCUCAGCUUAAAACCCCAAAUUAAGAUUGCAAUUAUUGUACUGUUAAAUCCAGUCCUGCACCUUGUUUUCUAAAUCAGAAGCAUCUACGAGUCAAAUGGCAAUUUAAGAAUAUAAUCUGUAGAUUAAUGGAUUUCUCUUAACUCAUUUUAUUUUAUUUUUUUUUUGGAUUACAAUCAAAUGUAUAUGAGUAUAAUUUUUUUUAUGAAAUCACUGACAUCUGGAGGAUGUGAAUGGCUGCUUUGAACAGUGUAUGUACUAUGAACUGCCAUAGUCGUGUCUGUGCCACAUUGUAAAGCGUUGAUACAGCUGUCACACUGUUACUCGACCGGAUAGAGAUCUAUUAGCUCCUCACUGCUACAUACAACUACAGUAAAGUGAUGCCACAUAGCAUUCAUAGAACCAGCUUAUGGUGGAUAGGACGUCUGCUGUAGUUUCAACUUUGCCUGAAAAGCUUUUAUUUGAAAUGUUAAAGCCAACUUUUUGUGACUGGUACAAUAUUGCAGCAAUACAUAGGUGGUGCCACUGUACAUUGCACUUAUCAAACACAGUCCAAACACAUCACUUAAGUCCAGCCAUGCAAUGGCCUUUGGACCAGUGUUGGAGUGGAAACUUUAAUCCUCCUUUAAAAACUGGGUGUCAGAGCAGGUAAAGGCUUCUCCCUCCCUGCACUACACCACCAGUUCGGAUGAUCACAGGGUCUUUUAUUCUAGUCAGGGCCUUAAACAGAUAAUUAUCCGACUUUCUCGGUCAGUAUAUCGGAGCUCUCCUCUAUUUUAAAAUAUACAGUAAAUGAGGUGAAAUCACCAAAGAGACUGAUUCUGUGUUUGCUUCUUAUUUUUCAGAAGCCUGUCAUUCAGCUCUGUCUAUUUAUCUGUUCCUUCUGGGCCAAUAACUGAUCAAAGAGCAAUGCAGAGCAGAUGUAUGAAAUAUCGUGUGUCAUUAUGUAUGUUACAUAGUUACCAUUUAUGAUGUUUGUAAUGUCAUCGGGAUAAGCCUGUGUGUGCAUAUAUAUACAUAUAUAUAUUUAUACACACACACAUACAUAUAUAUAUAUAUAUAUAUAGUGACUCAGUCAUCGACUGUGCUGUCCAACACUAAAUGGUACUUAACAGUAUGAGUGUCUCAGUUUGUGUCUGACUCUGGCAUGAGAGAAGUUUGUUGAGCUGUAUGAAUGGAACAAAAUAAAAUGUGAAAUAUUUAAACCA